CUUGCAGAAAGUUGGCCGGCUGCAUGUACUGUACAGAAGACGCGACGGACGCACUCCACCAUCUCCCCCGACGUCACGACGUCACGACCUCCACCUCUGCGUUCUGAGCGAAUCCCUGCCAUUCUUUUCAUCACCGGGCCAUGCUCUCUGCAUUCUCAUCCCGUCUCUUUUCCAGGACAAGACCAGCAUUCACCCAGCUCGCCACCAUGUCCACUGCUUCCAAUCCCGCUACUUACAAGUUUAACCACACCAUGUUCCGUAUCAAGGACCCCAAGGUGUCCUUGGCCUUUUACGAGAAUGUGCUCGGUAUGAAGAAAUUCUACGAGUCUCCUGGCGGUGACUUUACCAACUACUUCCUCGCCUUCCCUAACGGCUUUGGCGAUAUCGAGCUCACCGACGAGAACGUCAAGGCCCAGAUCUUCAACAGGGAAGGUGUCCUCGAGCUCUGUCACAACUGGGGCACUGAGUCCGACCCCGAAUUUAAGGGUUACGCGAACGGUAACAGCGAGCCCGGACGAGGCUUUGGUCAUAUCUGUGUGACUGUCGACGACUUGGAGGCUGCUUGUAAGAGGUUUGAUGACCUUGGUGUCAAGUUCAAGAAGAGGCCCGAGGAGGGCAAGAUGAGGGUGAGUCAUUUUCCUUUCGGGGCGGUAGAACCAGAUGAUGCUGUGGUGUGUGAGGAUUUGCUGCAUGAUGGCGUGGAUCUGUGGGGGUAAGCGCGGGGCUGAAGAGUCUGAAAGAGAACCAAGCUGACUCGAUGGUUUACCAGCACAUCGCCUUCAUCUUGGGUGAGUCAUCGGUGUAUGUCGAGACAAAGCUAACCCAUUUUAUAGACCCCGAUGGUUACUGGGUCGAGAUUGUCGCCCACUCCCUCAACGCCGGGACUCUCUGAGCGUCUCGAUGAGUUGGGUGUCGGGUGCGCAAGAAGAAAGGCCAUAGCCGAAUCAAAGUAUCUAAUCAGGUCUCGUAUGUCCAUAGCAAUGCACCUCUAUGCAACUAGGACCAUAGCUACCCAUCCUAUCCAUCCCCUAUACAUUCCAAAAUUUCAGAGACGAUACGUGUGGUCGGGA